AUGACUCGAUUUGCACGUGCAAAGGGUUCGAAAGCGUCCAACGAGCGAGUUCCCGAAGAUGCCACGUCCUGGAGUGAGAUGAAAAAUCAAUUAUUGGAAAAAAAUCAAGAAAUUGAAGCAAGUAAAAAAAGACAAGAAGCGGACAAACAGCGCGAAAGUAACUAUAAGGCUUUCCUGCAACAAGUUGAAAACGACGUAGUGAAAAAUAGUAAAUGGGCGGAGUUCCCCCAAACAGACAAUAAACCCAAAAAGAAGAAAAAACUCAAAAUUGUGGAAGAAAAGAGCGGAAUCAAGCGUAAAGCUGACGCCCCCCUUGAAGAAACUAGCAAAAAAGUCAAGAAAUUCGUCGAAUGUGAAACAAACGAUGUAACCACCACACCUGUAAAAAAAUUCAAGAAGAAAAACGCUCCAAAUAUUUUGGCGAAAAAAGGCGGCAAGCCUAAAGUGAAAAAAACAUUAAAAAAGGGACAAUUAAUUGAAGAAAAAGAGAAAUUAGCCGAAGGUGAUGUCAGUUGUGAAACUAAUGCUCCAAAACCUUCACCAACAAUUAAUAACAACGAAACAGAACCUGUGAAAAAAUUCAAGAAAAAAAACACUCCAAACAUUUUAGCGAAAAAAGGCGGCAAACCUAAGGCGAAACAACCCGUGAAAAGGGAACCACUAACCGAAGAAGAUCGCAAGAAAAUUGAGAAGAAAGAAAAGCGUCAACGUCAGCUUGAGAAAAAGAAACUAAACCAACCACAAACCCCCAACUUGAAGAAAGCCAAACCUAGAGACAACGAAAAACACGAACGACGUAAGAAACCCCAAAACAGCAUGAUAAUAAACGGAAAAGAAGUGCCAAUAGCUUACGUCGACGGCUUCCCUAUUAAAAAAGAAGACGCGGAGCGAAUCCGCCAAUUACGCCAACAAAUGAUCAGCAAAGGUUUACCCAGAAGUGAAAUUAAAAUCGCCCUGAAACUAGAACGAAGAAAAGCUGAAAAAGCAUUCGCUCGAGAAAAGAAGAAAGUGUGUUUCAAUUGCCGAAAAUCCGGUCACAACUUAUCCGAAUGUCCAGAAUUGGGUAAAGAAAUAGCUGAGUCGUCAGGGACGGGAAUUUGUUUCAAGUGUGGGUCAACUGAACACACGCAUUUUGAGUGUAAAGUAGUGAGGGGGCAAGAAUUUAAAUUUGCGCAGUGUUUUAUCUGCCACGAGCAGGGUCAUAUCGCAAGACAGUGUCCUGAUAACGCAAGGGGGUUGUAUCCGAAGGGAGGGGCCUGCAAGGUGUGCGGGGACGUGACCCACUUGAAAAAAGAUUGUCCAAAGUACCAGAUCCAACAACAACAGCUUCAAGAUAAUCUGCAAAUUGAAACUAUCAGCAGUAGUGAUAAUCCAGAUAAUUUGAGUAAAAGUGACGAAAAUAGCAGAAUUGUAACUAAUCGACCGAAUAAAAUUAUUAAAUUUUGCUUUUGUCUCAUUUAAACCUCAUUUCCUUAA